ACAGAACAAUUGUUGGUUUAAAAAUGGCUGAGCUCCCUCAAUCCCAGGAAACAAACUGUUUAGAACAGAAAUCCGAAGAAGGGGUCAAACUUUCGCAGAUAAGACUAACAUCGUCCUUGACCUCAGAAGAUUCCGGUGCCGCACCCUCUCCUAACAUAUCAGACCAUCAAGUCAAUCUUGUCAUCAAUUCUUCCUCGUCCAGCAGCGAAAACGUUUGUAGAAUUUGUCAGCUGGCCAAAAAGAAUUCGGAUGAGGAUUUGCGGUCUACAGAGUGCGAUUGUCGUGGUCAGUUGUCCAAAGUUCAUCAUUCCUGCCUAAGGGAAUGGGUACGAUACAAAGGUUCAACUAAAUGUGAAAUAUGUAAUGGUCAUUUUGCCUGUGUCACACCGCCUGUACAUCCAGGCAUACUUCAGCUAGAGGCUUUACAUCAACUUGCCUGGCACCUAGAAAGGAAUCGCCCCUUCAGUAGACGCAAGAGAGCCAUCCUUGGAGCUGCCGUGCUCUUUCUAGUGGUAGUGACCAGUGUGACGUCACUGCUGACCGUCAGUGCAGACAGAGAAUACGAGAAAGCUGCCAAAGACCCAUGGAGCUCACAAAAACGAAUGGAUGAAUCUAAUAUAAUUUUCUCUGUUUGCAUCGCCUUUGCGUUUUUCUGCGCCACUCUGACUGUUGGACUUGUGAUGAUUUGGUUUGGGGUGGAGUGCUGUUUUGCCAUGCAUCGUCGAGGAAUUCUAAGAAGAGCAUCAAGAAGAUUACUACGAAACGAAAAUAGAGCUUGAUUAUAUCAAUAAUUAUCAUUCAAAAAGAAUGAAUUCAAACUUAUGUAUAAAACUGAACAACUCAAAUGGCUUCUACAGAAUAUACGAGUAUAUAGCUUAUACGAGUAGUGUAGUGUACCGAGACAUGGGCUGACAGUGCCAUUAAGACAUAUAGUAUGACGUACCUGCUAACAAAUGAUAAGCAUUAUUCUCAGAAACUAUCGUAAAAUGAAAAUAUCGAUCGGCUAAGGAAAUAAAUUCCAUUUCAAAAUCA